AUGGGGAGAGUGAAAAUACAGAUGAGGAAAAUUGAGGAUAGACAACAAAGAAAUAUUGCAUUUGCCAAAAGAAAAAGUGGGCUUUUGAAAAAAGCUUAUGAGCUAUACACUCUCUGUGAUAUUCAAAUUGCUCUCGUUCUUUUCUCUCCUUCUGGUAAACUUUUCCUUUUUGAUGCCAAAAAAAGAAUCGAAGAGACCAUACACGAGUAUCUCGAGCUGCCUUGUUAUAGACGUGGAAGGUGCUUUUUGAAAAAUCCAAAUCACUGGGAAUCUAUGGACGAAAUUGAUAACCAAGAGAAAUUACUCCAGAGGACUUUGGAUCAAGUUCGAUCUCGUAAGCAAAAUUUGGAAGUUGAAAGUAAACUCUUUGAUGUCCUUAAUUGGCCUCUUCAGCCUAACUUGGAGAUUUCGUCAAUGGAGUAA